AUGGCAUUAAUCAUACAUUUAUCUAUUUAUCCUUAUUCCACUUCAGGUAAACCCGGUGUUCCUGGACCGAAAGGACUGAAGGGUGAUCAUGGCCCCUCGGGUCAGGAUGGCUUACCCGGACAUGCAGGAAGUCAAGGAAUUGACGGUGUGCCGGGUCCAAUUGGGAAGAAGGGAGAUAAAGGACAGAAAGGAGAAGCAGGGAAACCGGGAAAAGACGGUCUGGAUGGAACCCCGGGAGAGAGUAUAAAGGGUCCCCCGGGCCCUCCGGGUCCAGCCGGACCUCCGGGUAAAGACGGAUUGCCAGGACUUCCCGGAGAACCCGGUUACAACGGCACCGACGGUGAACCAGGAAAGCGGGGUAAAAAGGGUCGUAAUGGGGACCCGGGACCAAUAGGCCCUAAAGGUGAACUCGGUCCCAGAGGUCCCCCAGGGCUGAAAGGGGACAUGGGUUUACCGGGCCUGGACGGGGCAGAUGGUCUCACACCAAACUGCUCAUGCGACCGGGGACCAAGAGGGCCUCCAGGAUACGGACUGACGGGACCAGUUGGACCAAAAGGAAACUCAGGGAAACCUGGACAGAAAGGACAGAAGGGAGAGCCAGGUUACACGGCCUACAGAAUCGAGACCAGUCCGUGGACUACACCUACCACACCAGAGCCGACGACCACACCGAGCACACCUGCACCCACGAUUCCACCCAGGGAAAGAGAUUGCUUUAUCGAAGUGAUUGGAACUCCGCUGUUCCAGCGGUACACGGGUACGUUUUGGGGCGCCUGGAUGAGAGAUCCGGGCCCAGGGGAUUCCAACUCGCAGAAGUACUGGUACACCAAACAUUUCACCGGUAACACACUUCAUGAAUACAGAGACUCCAAGAGCUACAAAGAGGACAAGGUGGAUAAAAAGUACGAUUUGGGCAAACACCAUUACUACGGCACAGGUCACGUGGUAUUUAUGGGGUCUUUCUAUUACCACUACACGGGGUCCAAUCGUCUGGUGAAGUUCAACUUGCAGAAGGAAGAGGUUGAGAGGGAGCAAGAGCUUCCAAACGCCGCCUACAGCGACAACCAGUACGUCUAUUCCACGGAGUAUAACUAUUUUGACUUCUCGGUGGACGAAAAUGGACUGUGGGUCGUGUACGCUCGCGACAACGCGCAAAACUCUCUGAUGGUCACCAAAUUGGAUCCUAUGACUCUGGAAAUCCUGAAAACAUGGGAUCUUUACGUCAGUCACCGCUCUUACGGCAACGGAUUCAUAACGUGCGGCGUUCUGUAUUUGAUUAAAAGCGUCCAUACGCAAAGAACUGUGAUUGAUUACGCCUUUGAUCUGUACGCCGAGAAAGAGCUGCCCGUCAGUAUACGGUUUAUUAACCCUUACCAGAUGAAUCACAUGAUAUCGUAUAACCCCAAGGAAGUUCUCAUCUAUGGAUGGGACAUGGGAAAUCAAAUUACAUACCCGUUAAAAUUUUACUAAGAGUGAUUCGGUUUAACCCAACUGC